AUGGGGGCACCUUUACUUGCACUGACAAUCUACUAUUUAAUUCUACCUUUGAUUUCGUUUUUUGCAGUUCGUCAUUUAAAUCUCUUGGACGCUCCUGUGAAUACCCCAAUAAAGAUAGCACAGAAACAGGACAAUACCUCCCUGGUUGAAUUGACAUACACCGAUACCCGCAACCUUGAAAUACGUCAACCGUAUCAGGAGAUAAUGGAACAGUUGACAUUUGAUAGUGGAUUUAUCAACUGUGCUGGUCUUAUUAUAUUCAUUGCUGUGCUAGGAGUUUUCUUCUAUUAUGUAUCCCUGCUAAUGUUGGGAGGAAUCUCAGAUCUCUACAAAGGGUUGAAUGAACAGCAGAAAUUCAGGACAGCAGAUUUGAACCCUGUCAAUGGGUCCUCAAUCUAUCAAGAACAGACUUUUGAAUUGGGGGAUCAUGAUGUGGAGGUAGACAAAGAUCCAGCGGUGCAAGAGAGAACAAAGACUGAUACAUCUAUACGAACCACAGCAACAGAAACAACUCCCACACCAAAGAGUGAAAAUGGAAGUUUGAAUACAAGUACCGACUCGUUGGAGAAAGUACUGCAAUCUAUUAAUACUUUGGAUGAUGAUAAUGAUGAUGAUGAAGGAAAUGAUACACCCAGUAAGGGACUUAAACCAGAAUUUUGGGGAAGAAACUCCAUGCUUCAAAAGUAUGCAGAACGAAAUCCAUACACUCCAAGACAAUCUUUGUCACCAGUGAGAUCUGUGAGUCCGAAGAAGGACAAAGCAGAAUCCAACGAAGUCUCUUUAAAGAUAAAUCAAUUAGCCAAUAUUACCAGGAACUCGGUGUGUCAUUCCCCAGGAACGUCAUUUGCAUCGUCCGUUCUGAGUACCACCACCGCCUUUCCACAGACAACAGUGACACAUAUCAACGAUGAUUCAGCAUCCAUUUUGGAAGAUAUUGUUUUGCAACAGUAA